CUCCCUUCCGUUAUGGAUACGUCAAAACCCAUCGCAUUCGCAGAGCACCUGCAGCUCUCUGCGCUCGGCGUACAGCCCACGUCUAUAUCGUUCCAGAACUUGACGCUCGAGAGCGACCACUUCAUAUGUGUACGAGAGAAGGUUAACGAGCAGAACCAGGUCGUUAUUAUCGACCUGGCAGAUGCAAACCACCUCAUGCGACGACCCAUCACGGCGGACUCUGCAAUCAUGCAUCCAAAGCAGAAGAUCCUUGCGCUGAAGGCCGGGCGGACAUUGCAGAUCUUCAACAUUGAGACGAAGCAGAAAGUGAAGUCCCACGUUAACAACGAAGAUGUCGUCUUCUGGAAAUGGACGUCCGACUCCAACCUUGGUCUCGUCACAGACACCGCCGUGUACCACUGGUCCAUCGCCGACACGACUACUCCCCCCCAGAAGGUCUUCGACCGUCAUCCUACCCUCGCUGGUUGCCAGAUCAUCAACUACCGCGUUUCACCGGACGAGAAGUGGAUGGUCGUCGUCGGCAUCUCGGGCAAUUCGACGAACCCAUCCGCGUUCAAGGUCAAGGGCUCUAUGCAGCUGUAUAGCAAGGAGAGAGGGGUCAGUCAGCCUAUCGAAGGCCAUGCAGCUGCGUUUGCGGAGAUGAAGCUGGACGGACGGCAACACGUCACGAAGUUGUUCGCGUUCUCAGUCAGGACGGGUAAUGGAGCUAAGCUUCACGUUGUGGAGAUUGACCACCAGGCUCCCGACCCCCCUUUCACGAAGAAAGCAGUCGAUGUCUACUUCCCUCCCGAGGCGACAAACGACUUCCCCGUCGCCAUGCAGGUCUCUAAGCGACACGGCAUCGUAUACCUCGCAACGAAGUACGGUUUCAUCCACCUGUACGACCUCGAGUCCGGUGCCUGCAUCUACAUGAACCGUAUCUCCGGCGAGACCAUUUUCGUCACCUGUGAGCACGAGGCGAGCAAUGGUAUACUCUGCAUCAACCGGAAGGGACAGGUCCUCAGCGUCAGCGUCGAUGACACGACAAUGAUUCCGUAUAUUUUAACGACACUCAACAACACCGAGCUGGCGUUCAAGCUCGCGAGCAGGGCCAAUCUGCCCGGUGCAGAUGAUUUGUACAUCAAGCAGUACCAGCAACUGUUCCAAAGCGGUCAGUUUGGAGAGGCGGCGAAGAUUGCUGCCAAUUCGCCACGGGGUAUCCUGCGUACGGCUCAGGUCAUCGAAACAUUCAAGCAAGCACCGACCCCGCCUGGCGGUCUUUCGCCGAUUCUGCAGUAUUUCGGUAUACUGCUCGAGAAAGGACAACUCAACCAUCUCGAGUCCGUCGAGCUCGCGCGGCCGGUUCUGCAGCAGGGCAGGAAACAGCUGUUGGAGAAAUGGUUGAAAGAAGACAAGCUUACAUGUAGCGAAGAAUUGGGAGACAUCGUUCGCCUUCAUGACAUGACACUGGCGCUUAGCGUCUACCUCCGCGCCAACGUUCCUAACAAGGUCAUCGCUUGCUUCGCGGAAACUGGCCAGACGGAGAAGAUCGUACUCUACGCCAAGAAAGUUGGCUUCACACCCGACUAUGUCAGCCUUCUCCAGCAUAUCAUGCGCACCAACCCGGACAAGGGUGCGGAAUUCGCUACGCAGUUGGCCAAUGACGAGUCGGGGCCCUUGAUCGACGUCGAACGGGUCGUCGAUAUCUUCAUGUCUCAGAAUAUGAUCCAGCCCGCCACUUCCUUCCUCCUCGAUGCACUCAAGGACAACAAGCCGGAGCAAGGCCAUCUGCAGACCCGACUUCUUGAAAUGAACCUCAUGCACGCUCCUCAGGUCGCUGACGCUAUUCUCGGCAACGAGAUGUUCACCCACUACGACCGCCCACGUAUCGCGAACCUUUGCGAGCAGGCAGGAUUGUUGCAGCGGGCUCUUGAACACUACGAGGAUAUUGCUGACAUCAAGCGCGCAAUUGUGCACACGAACAUUCUUCCCGCGGACUGGCUCGUCACGUACUUCAGCCGCCUCACGACGGAACAGUCCAUGGCCUGUAUGCAGGAGAUGUUGCGUAUCAACAUCCGCCAGAACUUGCAGGUCGUCGUUCAGAUUGCGACCAAGUACUCGGACAUCUUGGGUCCCGUCAAACUCAUCGAGAUGUUCGAAUCGUUCAAGAGCUUCGAAGGUCUCUACUACUACCUCGGUUCUAUCGUUAACCUGAGCGAGGAUCCCGAGGUGCACUUCAAAUACAUUCAGGCCGCCACCCGUACUGGUCAGAUCCGCGAGGUCGAGCGCAUUUGUCGGGAAUCAAACGCUUACAACCCGGAGAAGGUCAAGAACUUCCUCAAGGAGGCCAAGCUCGCAGACCAGCUCCCCCUCAUCAUCGUCUGCGACCGUUUCGACUUCGUCCACGAUCUCGUUCUGUACCUUUACCAGAACGGCCUCACCAAAUUCAUCGAGGUCUACGUCCAGCGCGUCAACUCUUUCCGCACGCCACAGGUCGUUGGUGGGUUGUUGGACGUUGACUGUGACGAGACGACGAUCAAGGGACUGCUUGCUUCCGUCACGGGCAACUUCCCGAUCGACGAGUUGGUGAACGAGGUCGAGCAGAGGAACAGGCUGAAGUUGAUCUUGCCGUGGUUGGAGGCCAGAGUGCAGAGUGGGAGUCAAGACCCGGCGGUCUACAAUGCUAUGGCGAAGAUCUUCAUCGACAGCAACAACAACCCAGAACAGUUCCUCAAAGAGAACAACCUGUACGAGCCUCUAGUUGUCGGCAAGUUCUGCGAGGCACGCGACCCUUACCUGGCUUACAUCGCGUAUGCCAAGGGCUUCUGUGACGAGGAGCUCAUCGCGAUUACGAACGAGAACUCGAUGUUCAAGCAACAGGCGCGUUACCUCGUCAAGCGUCGUCAGCCCGAGCUUUGGGCACAGGUUCUCUCGCCCGGCAAUGACCACCGCCGUCAACUUAUUGACCAGGUCGUUUCGACCGCUAUCCCUGAGAGCACCGACCCAGAUGAUGUCUCCAUUACCGUCAAGUCCUUCCUGUCCGCCGACUUGCCCAUCGAACUCAUCGAGCUCUUGGAGAAGAUCAUCAUCGAGCCUUCAGCAUUCAGCGACAACCGCAACCUCCAGAACUUGCUCCUCUUGACUGCUAUCCGUGCCGACAAGGGCAAGGUUGUCGGUUACAUCAACAAGUUGCAGAAUUACGACAGUGGCGAGAUCGCGAAGAUUGCCACUGACCACGGCUUAUACGAGGAGGCGUUGACUAUCUACAAGAAGUACGAGCAGCAUGCAGAGGCUAUCAAUGUCUUGGUCGAGUACAUCGUCUCACUGGAUCGUGGGGUCGACUACGCGAACAAGGUGAAUCGACCCGAAGUUUGGAGUCGCCUUGCCAAGGCACAGCUCGAUGGCCUUCGCAUCAAGGACGCUAUCGAUUCGUACAUCAAGGCGGAAGACCCUUCGAAUUUCCAUGAAGUCAUCGAAAUCGCCAACCACGCUGGCAAACAUGACGAUCUUGUGCGCUUCCUCCAGAUGGCUCGCAAGUCUCUUCGCGAGCCCAAGGUUGACACCGAGCUCGCCUACGCCUAUGCGAAGACCGACCGUCUGCAUGACAUGGAGGACUUCCUGGGUAUGACAAAUGUCGCCGACAUCCUCGAGGUUGGAGAGAAAUGUUUCGAAGACGAGUUGUACCAGGCCGCCAAGCUCCUCUUCACAAGUAUCUCCAACUGGGCCAGGCUCGCGACGACGCUCAUCUACCUCGGCGAGAACCAGGCAGCUGUGGAGAGUGCGAGGAAAGCCGGUAACACCCAGGUCUGGAAGCAGGUCCAUGCUGCUUGCUUGGAGACUUCAGAGUUCCGCCUGGCUCAGAUUUGCGGUCUCAACAUCGUUGUUCACGCUGAGGAACUGCCAGCCCUGAUUCAAACGUAUGAGCGACGAGGGUAUUUCGAUGAGGUCUUGACGUUGUUGGAGGCUGGUUUGAGUCUUGAACGAGCACACAUGGGUAUCUUUACCGAACUUGCUAUUCUAUACAGCAAGUACAAGCCGGAGAAACUCAUGGAACACCUCAAGCUUUUCGUCUCACGGAUCAACAUUCCCAAGGUCAUCAAGGCCACUGAGAAGGCUCACCUGUGGCCUGAGCUCGUGUUGCUCUACAUUAAGUACGAUGAAUUUGACAAUGCGGCGCUGGCUAUGAUCGAGCGUUCCUCGGACGCCUGGGAGCACAACCAGUUCAAGGAUGUUGUCGUUCGCGUGGCGAACGUGGAGAUCUACUACAAGGCACUCUCGUUCUACCUCCAGGAGCAGCCGACACUCUUGACGGAUCUAUUGACGGUGCUCAUCCCACGUAUCGACCAUGCUCGCGUUGUUCGCAUGUUCCAACAAAUCGAUCAUAUUCCUCUCAUUCGCUCGUACCUCAUCGCUGUGCAGCAUUUGAACAUAGAGGCGGUCAAUAACGCUUACAAUGACUUGCUGAUUGAAGAGGAGGACUACAAGACCCUUCGUGACUCGAUAGACAGCUUUGACAACUUCGACAACAUUGCCCUUGCCCGGCGGUUAGAGAGACAUGAGCUCCUCGAGUUCAGGCGGCUGGCUGCUCAUCUUUACAAGAAAAACAAACGCUGGGAGGAGUCCAUCUCGCUUUCGAAGCAGGACAAGCUCUACAAGGACGCCAUGGUCACGGCAGCGACGUCGUCAUCUACCGAAGUCGCGGAGGAGCUCUUAUCCUACUUCGUGGACAUUGGAAACAAGGAGUGCUUCGCUGCACUCCUGUUCACCUGUUUCGACUUGCUGCGGUCCGAUGUUGUCGAGGAGUUGUCGUGGCAGCAUGGUCUCAACGAUUUCUACAUGCCUUACAAGAUUCAGUCUCAGCGCAGUUUGGUCGAAAAGUUGGCCGCUUUGGAGAAGGAGGUGAAGGAGCGGGCGAAGAAGGAGAUCCAAAAGGAGCAGACCGAGGCGGACGCUCCAAUCAUCAACCCAGGACUCAUGGGCAACCGUCUCCUUUUGACGCAAGGGAACGGGUUCCCUGGCCAGGCACCGCCACCUAUGAUGAACGGUACUGGCAUGGGCUUUGCCCCACAAAUGACCGGGUUUGGUGCGUAUUGAUGUGUUGUCGUUGCAAGUGUGGAUUAGGAUGGAGAGUGGACUUUCAUGAUAUCUGUACGGUUCGGGUCGCAUAAUUCUCGUUUGGAAGCUCUUUACAUAUGCCAGUCUUUGCCAGCUUGAUUUUAAUUGGAUGUUGUUAUGUUUUUUAUUCCCUUUCAACUCUACCUGCGUUC